AUGAUUAGUGAGAACAAGGCGGCGUUCGCCUCGCACUCGCAACGAGCACUCGUUAUGAGUAUUGUGCGUGAAGAUUUUGGUGAUGUAGCGGAAAAGGUAGCCGAGACUUUGCUGCGAUCCGAAGGCCUGCGUCUAGCUGAGAUUGUGCACAAGCUGCAACGCGAGACUACCACUACGUCUGCGGUGCUUUCAAUGCACGAGAUCAAAUGUGCAUUGCUGAAAUUGCUGCAGCACAACGUGCUAGACGUGAAACCUGUGAGAGGCGAUACGCCUGCAGUUUCUUACAAAAUUAAUGUGGAGGAAGCUCUCUAUCGAUUGCGGUUUCCAAAGUUUAUUGAGCUGGCGAAGGAAACGUUUGGUGUCGAGGGUGAAGUGGUUAUGGAGGAAUUGUUAGUUCAGGGACGGAUGCGAAUGGAUCAGUCGAUUGAGACAAUGGCCUAUAAUUUAGCGGAGGCUCGGCGGCAAGAGCAAAAGGUGCAGGCUCAAGAAGGUGGAACUGUAGAGGAUGAGAUUGGUGAAGAUGAACUCGAUGAGUGCCGCUACUUGGUGCGUGAUGUAUUUGUGGAGAUGGCUAAGAAACGCUACAUUUCGCGGGUACAUCCGCUGGAGUUGAAGCUGACAGAGGCAGAAGAGGUCCCCGUCGUUUCAAGCACUUCAAACGGGCAGGACGAUAGCACAACGGGCAUUUUGAGGGCCACAUCGAAUAAUAAUGAAAUGCAUUUAAACGCUGGAAACACCAGUAAAUCAACUGGUAGCAGUGAUGGCAUUUCGGUGCGCGGAAAGAAGCGAAAGGUAUCACCGCUGCCUUCGGGAAACACAAUUCCGGUGGAGCUGCAAAUGAUGUUAGAUGCAGAUGAAGCAUCUCGCAGGGAGAAAGAGGACUCGGAAGCCGAAUGGACGCCGAGCUCGGCGUCGUCUUCACGUGGUAUCAAGCGGAAGAAGUCGAAGCGUGCGAAACUGCCUACGCGAGGUGCUUCGAAUAAAGAUGGAAACACCGGUGGCGAAACCAGCGGCGAAGACGCCCCUGAAGUUUCUGGUACACACACGGACGAGACAUCACUGGUGUGGCGCUUUGGCAUGACACAAAUGUUGCGUGACUUGCGACACAAGACUUGCAUUCGGUUCGCAUCAGAGAAUAUCAAUGCAGUGGCCGGGGUCAUUGUGGAAGCCAUGCUUCAACACUCAUCGCCGCGUGAACGCGAGAAGGACGAAGCGACAUCAGCCCCUGUGUCGGCGCGUGAUUUGUUCAACAUGGAGAGCGUAAAAAAAGCGCUACCUUCUGAGUCAAACAAUCCAUGGCGUCUAUUACUAAACUACAUCACGGUUAUGUGUCGUGACAAGUCUGGUAUGAUCAUGAAGGUUGCUCAAGAGGCGUUCGAUCCUACCAAAGCCCGCGCUAGUGAUGGCGGUCAAUACGUUGUGCAUAUGCAAAAGAUCGUCGAGUUCUUACAACAAGCCACGGUGCAUGCAUACAUUCAGGACAAAUAUGGCGUUGCAAGCGCUCGUAUCGUGCGUCUCUUGAUGGAAAAGCGUCAGUUAGAGCAAAAAAGCAUUGGCGAGCUCGCGCUAUUACCGUCCAAUGAUGCAAGGCAUCGUUUGUACGAAUUGUAUACGGACAAAUUGGUAAAAUUGCAGGAAAUCCCAAAGCGCGCAGACCACAAUCCUGCCUUCACCUUUUUCUGUUGGUCCGUGGACGUUCUACAGAUGCAAACGCGGAUUACUGAGCGUGUACAGGAUUCACUAUGUAGGCUUCGUCGUCGGCGCAAAUUUGAGGCAGAGGAAAAUAAAGAGCUAAUUGCGCGGUCGGAGCAACUCGUAGAAGCUCUCGAUAUCGAUAAGUUCGAUAAGCUUAGUCGUUCCCUCGAUCGAUUAGAUCGUGCCAUCAUCCACUUGGAUGGGAUGCUAAUGUUGUUUCGCGAUUUCUAG